AGCAUUUGUUUCAAGGAUCUCGGGAAUUGUUUGUUUGGACCAAGAUGGCGGAAAUGUUGACGUACAAUUCAGCGGCGAAUGGGGCGUCUUUUUUAUAUAUAUCUACAGUAUGGGAGAGACCUCACCUUUAUAACGUUAACUAAGUCACGUUUACUAUGAGUAUGAGUACAUUUUUACUUUAGUCGAAAAUGUAUUUGUAAAGGAGUAAAACCCCAUUAAAGUAAUAGUACUUUUCUUGAUUAGAAUAGUUGAGUACGCUUUCUAUCUCUUGUGAAUUUAUACUGUCCUAGGCGGGGAUUUCGAACAACCUGGCAACGUUUGUUGCGCUUGGAUACCGCAUCGUAAACAAAAGACGGGCUGUGUGGACUUUGCUGACAGAGAGAGAGAGGCCGAGAGAAAGAUUGAGUAUCCGCUAUCUACAAAUUUUAUCAAUACUUAUUAUUUAUUAUUUAGGAACGAUUAUAGAAGAUGGACAUUACAAAGGGCAGCCUGGAUGACAUAUCUCGACCAGCUUCCACUGAGCGCUGCCGGCCUGGGAGCCGAGUGUCCACUGUAGUCCUUUCCGAGGGGGUGAAACUAAAUCAGGACAGGACUGGUUUCCUUGAGGUCCUUAGCGCUGAGAUACUCGACGUUCAGGAUCCACCGAAUAUAGAGGAGGAUAACUUGGACUGCCCAUCACUAAGCUUUGGCCCUGACCAGGAUGUAUUUGGGCUGGAGAGGGCCAUCAUGAAACUGAAAAGACUGGACGCAAUACUGGCUAGCAAGCUCUUUAAUGAAAAAGAAGUUAAAAAGCAGGGAAGAGAGCUCCAUCAAAAACUCUGGAAGGAAUUUAAGGAUCACAAGCAUGAAAGUAGUUCAGAGUGCACUGAUGAAGCAGAAAAUACCAGGAUGUUCCUAGCACUUACCCCCAAUACCUCCAAGGAUUGCAGUGAAAUGGUGGACUAUGUAGCUGUGUUUGGAACCCAAGUCCCAGAUCAAGAGCUAAGCUGCAAACCUGGAAAUAAAGUUUUUGGAUCAGAAGUCAGAGGAAAUGGCAAGUCUUCAAGCUCUGUUAAGGUGGGUCCAGAAAUAAAAGACGUCAAGCAGACAGAAAGCAGGCAGAGUGUGAUAGACAAGAGCAAGCACAGACAAGAUUUCAUCAAGAAGAACAUUGAGCUAGCCAGUAAUGCAGGAAGCUUAUGGCCAAUGACACAGGAAGAGAAAGAGCGAUUAGAAGAACUCCUCAAGGAUAUUGAUGGAGAGGAAAUUAAUUUGGAUCCAACUGUCAAACCAGAGGCAGACGUUUCCAUGUGUUUUGUGUCAGGGACACCGGGUGAGGGUUAUACACCUGACGCAGCUGAACUUGAAAAACUCUUACAAAUUGAUGCUAAACUGCAGCUUCUUCCUGUGAGGGGAUUUCUGUCUGUGCAAAGCUCCUAUGGUUACUGCUUUUCCCAGGACAAAAACGCUGGAGAACUGGGCGAGAGGGUCCUGCAGGACAUGAAGGAGUUGAGAGAACAGAAGGUGGUUCUGUGUGAAAUCCAACAGCAGCUGCAGCUCCACACAGAAAGACAACACCCAUAUCUUCUCCCAUUAGGGGUCGCCACAGCGGACCAUCCGCAUGUUUGAUUUGGCACGUUUUUACGCUGGAUGCCCUUCCUAACGCAACCCUUCCCAUUUAUCCGGGCUUGGGACCUGCACUAAGGCUUGUGCAACCCUAAUGGCUGGGGGUGAAAUGUGAUACAUUAAUAAGACUAAAAUGAAAUAAACAAAAUGAGAUAAAAACAUAACCAUGUAAAAUGAGAUAACAAUACAAUUACAAAACAAUUACAAAAAAUAAGAGAACUCCCGACUGGCAUUUUAGCGAAUAAGUAUACAAGAACAAAAUGGAACACGCUUGUUGUCAUUCUUGUUCUUGUCUUUGCAACAUAGCAGACAUGAUUGAAAAAUGCUACAUGAAUCUGUUAGUAGUGAUCAUUGACAUCAGUUGUCAUGGCUACUUGAUACUUCAUACACUAUUUGUAAAAUGUGUACACUGUGUGUGCAAAUGCGUCUACUUCUUCAUCACUUUGGUUGGUAUCAGAUGCACCUAAUGAAAAUAAAGUUGCAGCACAAUUCAUUAAAUAAAGCCAAAAAUGAACCCUCUACUGUCUACACAUGUUUUACCACUAGUGGAACUGCUGGUAGGCUGAAAAGGCCCUAAUUUACACCAGAUUUUCAAAUCAAAAUGUAAUCCACUCGGCCUCGGGCUGAACACAGACACAGGAAAGCUUAAAUUGAGUUUAAAGUGUCUUUUAUUUGGGACCAGAAGUGAGGGUAAAGGAAAAGAGGAAUAAUGGUUAAGGGGAAUAGUUUCUGGUGAGAAAAGGAGGUGAGGAGUUUCCGUAGCGGGAGAAGGAGCGGAGCGUUCCCACCACGCUCCGAUGCCUCAGGUCCCGUCGGGCGGCUGGCUCUGGGGGUCAGGGUCUUCCUGCCGCAUGGCUGAGGAGUCAUUCCUCACUGACUAGGCGUUGCGCGGGUCCGGCGGGAAUUCCUCUUCCGGAUCUUUGGUCUGUAGUCUGUAGUGAGAGAAAGAGGGGGUGAGAGCCGGCAUUAAUCGGGAGCCCGAGGUUCUCAAACUCACUGUCCUUCCAGCUGCCUUUUAUGCGCUUUACCUGCUUUGAAGACAGUGAUGACCCGCCACUCCAAUUGAGCUCCAGCUCCAGUGUCUUGUAAGGAUGCCACGCCUCCUUGUUUGCUGCAAGGGUCUGUGUGGUCACUUUCAUGUUGGAAAACUGCUGUUCUUCCCAGUUUAUGAAGAGAGGGCAUUAAUUUUUUUUGGGAGCGGGACAGAACCUUGCAGAAGUGGGACUGAAAAGUCAGGUCUUUCUAAUAAGCCUGGCAUUAUAUAACAGUCAGACAAAGCUUCUCUAACUAAACAUGCCUUAAAGCCUACUUAAUUCAGUUGUUCCUGCAAAUUAUACAUGUACAUUCUGAUAUACCUGUAGUGUGCAAAUAUUAACUGUGGAUUGACUCAACAUAGACUUUACUGAAUGAUAAAACACUUGAAUUUUAAGGACAAUUUUAUGUAUUGGCAAGUCUUAUUGUAGAUAAUGGCAUUAUUGUCCAAAGCCAUGCUUGGGAAAACAGCCUUAAACAUGGUCUCUAAUCGUGUCAUGUUUAUAGGCUUCAAAGCAUUAUUAUUCCCUAUUUGUUUGUUAAUGAAUUAGAAAAUAUAAUUUUUGGUUUAAUUUUAUUUGUAUAGUACUUUAAUAAAAGAAAUCAUCAGACAGCAGUUUACAGAAAUGAAUUAAGAAUAUACAUUAUAAAUUUAUAAAUGUCCCCAUUAGUUUAUCCCAAAUGAGUGUGUGUGUGUGUGUGUGUGUGUGUGUGUGUGUGUGUGUGUGUGUGUGUGUGUGUGUGUGUGUGUGUGUUUUUACAAAAUUACACCAGACUUGUGAGCUUCUUCAAUUUGCAUAGGUCACAGUUUGGUUCACUUGGAAGCAAUCUUAGUUUAUAUGCACCAACCCCAACCAGGCAGUUUCUCUGAGCAUUGUUGAUAGUUUCAACCCCAGCAAAACAGAACUGCUGGUCAUCCCAGGUGAUUCAUCUCCAGGUCAAGAUCUCCAAAUAACUCUUCAUGACUCUCUGCUCUCCCCUUCAGCCGCUGCUCGUAACCUU